UGGCAAUGUAGAUUGUUCCAGUUUUCGAUAGCUCGUGAACGAGUAGUGCGGUUGUUUGGUUAGUUCUUUUUCGUGAUAAUUGUAAGGAGAAGUACGUAAAUAACAUCAUUACACGUUUAGUUUCUGACUUUUACGAUUUAGCGUUUGCAAAAAUGCUUAGAGUUUAUGUUUCGUGACGGAAUAUUAUUGAAUUUGCACCAUGGUGAAUACAAUUUGACAUGGUAGUUGACAUAUUUCGCAAGUAGUUUCCACGGUGGUAAUUUUGUGUACUUUGUGUGGAAAAUAUCCGUUCGAAAUUUGUGAUUUACGUAGUGCUGUAUUCAGAAGAUUUGUUAUUGUGUAAUCGAUAGUGUUGUGAACAUAGUGCUGAAGAAAGUUAGCUUGCGUUCAGUGAAACAGUUUGUUUGUGAUUUCUGCGCUUUGUAAGCCAUGCUGGUUCGUCAUUUGUACCGUUGGGAGGCUUCCACAUACUUGAUGGCCAAAGGAGCCAACCGAGUAAAUGUUCUCGUCUCAUAAUGGCCAGUUUGAGACCGCGGCUGUUCAGCAUUGCCGCUCACCAUGUUGCGUCCGGAGUCGCCCCUCGCUGACCACCGCAGCCUGCUGCCGCGUCGGCUACUGCCCACCAAAGCGCAGAUUGGGCCGGCGGACAAGUGGAAGAACAGAAGAUCUCUAGAACUAAACCCACCCAAUGAGCAUUCCGGUUACGAUUACCCGAAACUACUUAUAUCGAAAACGACCGACUCGCUAAAUACCGAAUGUCCUCGAAAAAUAAUUAAUAAACAAGAUUCCUCGGACAGCCUUAAACGCGCACUCUUAGCUAAAGAAGAGAAAAAAGCCGCAGUCAAAGAGGCAGACAAGAAGGCUCAGCUUGCGAAACAAGACUCCUGCGAUAGUUUGAAAAAGACUCUGUUAUGUAGGCAGGAUUCGAACGAGAGCGCCAAAAGGAAAGAGGCGGAACUUAAGAGGACACCGAAAGAAGAAGUAAAGAGGUUAAACGAGAUCAAACGCGGUAAUGACAAGAAGGGUUUGCUCGAGACUGAUACAGAUGAGUCGUGUAAACGGAUCUACGAGAGGAGGACGGGGUGCGCCCGCCCGACGCUACCACCGGUGGCAGAGAAAGGCGUCGUUACACCAAACUCCCCAAAUGGCAGCCCAAACACGCCAAGCGUGGCUGCCGUGGCAGAAGGCUUGGCCCGCUGGGGCAGCGGCCUUUUGUCUCCCCGAGAGGAGCCGAGGUUAAAAGCCGCCAGGAGUUGGUACGGCUACGGAACCCUAUCAACAGACAGCGAAAAGAUGGGAGCAGGCGCGAACGGGCCCGGCGGCCGACGCGCACUGGAGUUGAUCCUGAGCGGCGGGCUGAAGUCGCUCGCGCGGCCGGCCAAACCGGUCCGCCGCGCGGCGUCCAGGGACUCGGUGCUGGCUCAACCGCAGCCGCUGCUCGAAGGUCUAAGGAAGUGUUCCACGGUGCUCGCGCUGACUGAGCGCGAGAAGGUGCCGGAGCCGAUCAGGGCGCACAACCGGCUGCGCGCGCCGUCCGUCUGCUCCCGAUGCUCCUCGCUGCUGUCCCUCGCCGGCGCCGGGGGGUCCAGGUACUCGCUGGACGGCGCCGGCGGCGGCUUCGUGCCCGCAGCGCCCAUCAACUGCAAGCUGUGCUUGGAGGACGCCACCGCGGACAAGGUCACCGUCAUCAGCGGCUGCGGAUGCUCCUUCUGCACAAAGUGCAUGCGCGCGUACGUAGAGUUCGAAGUGUGCAACGGCGCGUACGAGGUGUCGUGCCCGGACGCGCGGUGUCGCGUUGGCGCUGCGCUUGCGCUCGACGAGAUCUCUGCGCUGGUGGAGCCCGCUGUCAUGGAGAAACAUCGCAAGUUCCGGCUAAAUCACGAGGUGGCGAUGGAUUCGGGACGCGCGUUCUGUCCUCGCGUCGGCUGCGACACGGUGGUGACGGUGCGGGCGGCGAACCCUGCACACUGUCCCACCUGCCGGCAUGACUUCUGCCACCAGUGCAAUCAGGAGUGGCACGGAGGCCUAUCCUGCGAAGCGGCAGCAGCUUCCUCCUCCAUGGGCGGUGCCGGCGCGCCCUUGCUGCCGGACUCGGAGCUGAUCAAACUCUGCCCCAUGUGCCGGGUGCCGAUCGAGAAGGACGAGGGCUGCGCUCAGAUGAUGUGCAAGAGGUGCAAGCAUGUCUUCUGCUGGUACUGCCUCGCGUCGCUUGAUGAUGACUUCCUUCUCCGCCAUUACGAUAAAGGUCCGUGUAAGAACAAGUUGGGACACUCGCGCGCUUCCGUGCUGUGGCACCGUGCACAGGUGGUCGGCAUAUUCGCUGGAUUCGGGCUCUUGUUGCUGGUGGCGAGUCCUCUCCUACUCCUGGCCGCGCCCUGCAUCGUCUGCUGCAAGUGCAGAUUAUGCAACACAAACACGAAGAAUCUCGAGGAGGUGGACGAGAUUGACAGCAUCAGCCCCGGGAGGGAAGAGGACGAUGGGAUCAGUCGUGCAAGAGAUAGAUAUCUCUCCGACUGACGCACACCGCGCUACUAGGUGAGCAACCACCUGAAAAACAUCACUGUGACACCCUCCUGGGAUGAAGUCUAUAGAUGUCAGUUGAUUAACAGUGGACGUGAUAAUGGCCAACUAUAGAUGUCAGUUGAAAAAGGAUAAGAUAGUGGAAAAGGCCAAUUACUGUUAUAAACGUUUAUGUGGCAGUUGAUUUGAGGUUAUAUGUCACUGAAUUGACGUAAUAUGACGGCCUAUGACAUCUAAAUGUCAAUGUUAGUAAAUCGGUUAUGUGUUUUCAUUGUUGUUAUGAAUAAUGGACAUUAAACAGUAAACGACGGCUGUCAUGUUGAAAAUGUGUUUGACUAGGAUUUGAUUGGAUAGGUUUCAUUAAGACUUAAAUAUCGAUUAAACGAUUGUGACAUGACCACGUAAGGAAAUAAAUUACUGGCAGUUGACUUAUAAUUUGUGUUAAGAAUUAAAUGUGAGUUUAAAACGUUAGACCAAUUGGUUCGGUGUUGUUGUUAAUGGACAUUUGUCAUGGUAAUAAUUCAAUGUCAUGUAAAACUGUUAUCUAUGAUCUAAUGUUAAAUAGAACUUGUUACUUGACGUCACAACAUUAAAAACGUAGGUACUUGACAUGUAUAUGUGAAAAUUUGGAAGUGCAAAAAAUAUGAUGUGAUAUACUUUAAUAUGUAAAAAAGUCGCUUAAAAAUUAUUUGCGUUAUGUUUUAUUUUUAUGUUAAAAAUGGACUGAGCUUUUGUGGUAUGAGCCGUGUGCAAGGCUGCGCGUCUAUUGUGCGUGAACUAAAUGUGGCAAAUUUAUGUUUUUUUUAUUAUCGUUUAAGAGUACUUAGGUUAACUUUUAAAUAUAAAUGCGCGAGUGGUAUGAAUAGACGCACAGCCUUAAUAUUUAUUUAAUCAAAAAUACGGUGUCCAGGACUUCUAAGUACUUAAUGUUCAAGAUUGGGGAAGAUGAAUGUACCAAUAAUAAUUUUGUGACAAAUGCCGUGUAAGCAAUCGUUGUGAGGUAUGUGACAGGAGAAAGACAAUUAAACCGCAGAAUGGUGUUGAUUGAUAUACAAGAAUGCCAAGUUGACAAUAGAUGGUUUCUCAGUUAAUUUGGUCAAAUAAAAAUGAUUACGGCUUCAAGUAGAUAAGUAAAGUGACUUGACGUGUGUUACGGUCGACGCGUACGGACGGACUGAAGACAUUAAUUCCAUAAAUAUGGUAACUAAACUUUAUGCCUUGUACAUAAGGUUGAUAUUACCGCAAAUGAAACGCACCGUUCAAUUCGAAAGGGCGUUCUCAGUUUGUUAUAUUAUCAACCGUAUGAUGAAGAUAUAAGGUAGUAUUUAUUGUAAAAUUGGAUAUAUUCGUCGGCUUUCCGUCCGUCAGCGCUGACCAUAGACAUCUAUAUUUUUGUAAAAGAAGUAUGCAAAGCGUACAAUCGAUUCCCGUUUGUAUUGAUCAUAAAGUAUAGUUUGUUUUUCUUUAAUUUAUAAGUUCUGACUACACCCGGUGUGCAGUUUGAAUGCUAGUUUAUAUGGAAAGCAUUUAAAAGCAUUUGCGAUAUUAUUAACAUUUUAUUUGUUCCGCAAUUGUAAUCUGCGGACGAAUGUUGCCAUUUUCAAAAUAUUUAAAAGAGAAGAUGCAAUAACUGAUAUUGAUUAUCGCUUGCCUAUUUUAGGUUAUUUUCACAUGAAACCAGCAUUCAAACGCUGAACCUAAACUUAUGAAUAGUAACUGCAAUGCAGUGUGAGACAAUGCAUGUAAUUUAUGUUUUUAAUGACUAAGAAUUUGGAAAAAAAAAUAAACAAAAACAAAAUCAAGCACCGCUUCCCGAGUGUCUACACAGAGCCUUACGUAACUUAUUGGUAGUACGAUAAAGAUAUUUAUGAUUUUAAUGUAAAUAAGAAUUUAAUAUUGUACUUAAUAGUUUAGGAUCGAUAGUGUUACUCUUUGUGAUAUUUACGUUCGUUCAGCUCUUUGAUGUCUCUGGUCAGUGGUAAAUUCAUAUAUCUGUAGUUUGAAAAAUCUUUCUGUCAAUGUGGAAUAUGUGGAUAUCAGAUCAUUUCAAAGUAUUUAAAUGGACUUAAGCUUUGCGGCGCACGAAAAAGUAUCUUAUCGCAUUAUAUUAAGACUGCUUCUCGAUACUCUGGCGUUCUAUCGCUGUCGAGUCCUCAGCCUUACCAAACAAUAUGCCAACUGUCAAAACUUAUAUUUUGAUCUCUGCGAAGUUAGUAUUGUUGUAUUUCACUGUCGAUCCUUCGUAGCUUGUUGUAGCAAGCUAGUUAAAGCAUUUGUAGGUGUAAUCAGAAAUAUAUGUAGGGUUAGAAUUAAGAUACGGCGGUCUACUUGCAGCGAUAUUUUAGGGUUGACACCACUAAGAAAGUAUAAAAAUUGUACAGGGAAUAGAAAAAUCAUAAAACUAGCCUAUAGUUAGUAUUUUUCUACAUAGUUGUAAAGAAAUAAUUUUAUAUUUAAUAUCAUUUGUUUUCGUUUCAUCUUGACGUGAACUUGGUUGUGAGUUUAAAAAUGAGAAAUGUUACCAAACUUUCAUAAUAUAUUUUUGAUAAAUAUGAAACAGAAAACAAUGAAAGUACUUUGGACGCAAUGAAUAUUUUAUUAUGUCUUAAGAAAUGUAUUUCUGUCACUCUUUAACAAUUUCUUUCGGUAGAUAAUAGUUUCACUGGGAUAAGAUUGGUAAGCUCAGGUCGGGUAGUUUUGAUUGCAUUUUAUUUGAUUGAAACGUUAUUAUAUCGCUGCGUGUGGGCCGUCGCCUUUAUAAUAAAUUGUCGUGUAAGUUGAUCGUAAAUCAUUCUAUUCUGUAUUAAAAGAAGACUCAUUUGUUCAUCGUGUUUCCUUUCUACAGCUGCCGGUAAACUUUGGACGUCCUGAAGUCAGUUAUUUAAUCCACCAUUUAGCUAUAACAUGCAAGUUUGAUAAUCUAAACUAUUCGAAUAUUAACUGCCUAUAAUAUUACAUAUUGCACUCGAAAGUUAGUAACAUAAAAUAUAUUUUUUAUUGCAUGAAAUUACUAAUUAGUGGGUCAAACAGACCAUGCGCGAGUCAUAAAUGAUGUAUCAUAUAACAAACAAGUAUUUGCAUUACUUCGAGUGACAUGAACUUAGCAAUUAUUGCGAAUAAUUUGAACCAUCACGUGCUACGCCCUAUGCCACCCUUUUUCUGAACUAACUACGCCAAUUGUAACAAACUUCAGAGCGACUAGACUUUCGGCAGGUGUAUCGUUAAACUCAAAUAUGAAAUGCUGCGAUGUGAUAUUGGCUGGUCAAUUUUUAAUGUACGAAAUGGGUCGUUUCAUAUCUGUGUCUAACUGAAUCAAAGUGAAUGUAAAUAGAGAAACAAACUUUAUCUUUUGUUAUUAAAAUGUACUUCUUUAUUUUUGUGUUGACCUCGAUGGACGUUUUCUGUUACUAUAAUAAACGAUUUAAUAAAGUUUUUUUUUUCUGAUAAAUCUCAAAA